AUGGCUGCGGAGACACUUCUAAAAACGAGCAAGUAUUCAAAGUAUACGUAUAGGCAAAUUGUGUAUCAUAGAUUUUUUGUCGGGCUUCUAUUAUUUAUCUUGAUAUCAUUAGUAUUAACGGUAGUGUUUAAUCUUUUCGCGGGAAGUGCUCCUCAUGCUGAUAUUUAUGAGUCUGUGAAUUUGGAGGCAUUGAGUCUACCAAUUCGUAAUAUUGUGAGUAGAUCGAGAUCUGCAGAUCCACGCUGGACGAACUGCACUUACUGGUAUUGUUUUAAUGUUUACAAAUGCGGCCGAGGAGGUCACGACAAGAUAACCAUAUACAUAUAUCCCUUAACUGAAUACAGAAAUGAGAAUGGGAAGGCUAUUUCUCAGUUUUCUAGAGAGUUUUAUGAAAUAUUAAGUACAAUAAAACGUAGUAAAUAUUACACCCCAAAUCCAGAAGAUGCCUGCCUCUUGGUGCCUAGUAUAGAUACAUUAAAUCAGAUAGGUUUUUCUAGCGAAUAUGUUUCCAAAGCUUUGCAGUCACUUGAACAUUGGAACAAUGGUGAAAAUCACCUUAUAUUUAACAUGGUGGCGGGAAUCUCGCCAAAUUAUAAUACAGUUAUUGAUCUCAACACAAGUAAAGCCAUUAUAGCAGGAGCUGGCUACGAUACUUGGACAUUUAGAUAUGGUUUUGAUAUAUCCAUACCACUAUACAGUUAUAUAGCACAAAGAAUAAAUAGUUCGCAGCCUAAACAGAAGAGUUUUAUGAUUAUAUCCACACAGACAAACAUACCUAGCGAUUAUCUAGCUCAGCUACAAAGUAUAGCAUCGUCGUCAAAUGAUUUACUGCUUCUAGAUAGAUGCAAAGAUGCUAGCACCGAUUAUACGAAACGUUGUGAGUAUACAACCGGCAAAAUGUUUGAUUACCCGGAUAUAUUAAAAGAGGGUAUGUUUUGUCUUGUUGUACGAAGUGCGAGAUUGGCUCAGCCAGUAUUAAUGGAUGUUAUAGCAUCACAGUGUAUACCAAUCAUUAUAGCUGAUGCAAUAAUUAUGCCGUUCAAUUCACAUGUAGAUUGGAAUAAAAUAGCUUUAUUUGUGCCAGAGGAGAAUAUAAAAAAUUUAUUACGAAUAGUGCAUUCAGUGAGUAAGGAACGUAAAGGUGAAAUGUAUUGGCAGUUACGUUGGGUCUAUGAGAGAUAUUUCUCUAGUAUUGAGAAGAUUACGUUAACUACGUUGGAGAUCAUCAACGAGAAAGUAUUUCCGUUGUCAGCGAGGAUGUAUGAAGAUUGGAAUGUUCCUGAACAUUUGUACGGGCCAGUGAACCCCCUUUUUCUGCCGGUGACUGCCCCCAAGUCCCCAGGCUUCACAGCAGUCAUUCUGACCUAUGACCGUGUGAGCAGCUUGUUCACACUAGUCAGACAACUAGUACGAACACCAAGCCUCGCGAAAAUACUAGUGAUAUGGAACAAUCAGAAGAAACCACCUCCUCCCUCUUCCGAGUGGCCGGUAGUGAAUAAGCCGCUGAAAGUUAUAAGGACGAAGGAGAACAAACUGUCGAACAGAUUCUUUCCGUACGACGAGAUCGAUACUGAGUGCCAGUUGACUAUUGACGAUGAUAUUGUCAUGUUGACCCCCGAUGAACUUGAAUUCGGUUUCGAUGUGUGGCGUGAGUUUCCCGACCGUAUAGUAGGCUUCCCGUCCAGACUUCACGUGUGGGACAACGUUACGCACACGUGGAAAUAUCACAGCGAGUGGACCAAUCAGAUAUCUAUGGUAUUAACUGGCGCGGCCUUCCACCACAAGCUGUGGUCCUGGUACUACACGUACAAGAUGCCAGAUGAGAUCAGAACCUGGGUGGACGACAACUUCAACUGUGAAGACAUCGCUAUGAACUUCCUCGUGGCCAACAUCACGAGGAAACCACCGAUAAAGGUGACUCCACGCAAGAAGUUCAAAUGUCCGGAAUGCACUAACACCGAAAUGUUAUCAGCUGACGCUCGCCAUAUGUCGCAGAGAUCGGCGUGUAUCGAUAGAUUCGCGACGGUGUACGGACAUAUGGCGCUGAGAAGUCUAGAAUUCAGAGCCGACCCGCUACAAUAUAAGGAAAACGCGGGAGUACCUCACGCGUAUCCCGAUAUAGGAGCGCUAUAG